AUUCACGUUGCACUUCCUUUUCUACCGGAAGUAUAGCUGUGUCCUUAGUAUUGCCGUGUAACUGUUAAACGACGCGCGGCACAAAUAUGGAGUUUCUUUGUCAAACAAAAACAAGAAGCGCUUUUAAUUAUUCCAAGGCGUAAAUGGACGUAUUUUCCCGUGUAAUAUGUUUAAAAAGAUGACUGAAUUCGGUCCAGAUUCCGGCGGGCGCGUUAAGGGAGUAACUAUCGUGAAGCCUAUCGUGUUCGGAAAUGUCGCCCGCUACUUUGGGAAGAAGCGAGAGGAAGACGGACACACUCAUCAGUGGUCUGUGUACGUCAAACCCUACAGAAACGAGGAUAUGUCGGCAUAUGUGAAGAAGAUCCAGUUUAAGCUCCACGAGAGCUACGGCAACCCCUUGAGAGUGGUGACCAAGCCUCCGUAUGAGAUCACAGAGACCGGGUGGGGAGAGUUUGAGAUCAUCAUCAAGAUCUUCUUCAUUGACCCCAAUGAAAGACCUGUGACUCUGUACCAUCUGCUGAAGCUUUUCCAGUCGGACUCCAGUGCCAUGCCUAAGAAGACAGUGGUGUCGGAGUUCUAUGACGAAAUGAUCUUCCAGGAUCCUACAGCAAUGAUGCAGCAGCUCCUGACCACAACCAGACAACUCACACUGGGAGCCUACAAACACGAGACAGAGUUUGUCGAGCUGGAGCAGAGGACGAAGGAGAAGAUGGAGGUGGCCAAGAAGAGGACCAGCCAGGAGAUGACGGAACUGAAAGACAAGCUGAAAGCCAGCAGAGAGAACAUCAACCACCUCAAGAUGGAGAUCAGGAAACUGGAGGAAGAUGGAGAUCACAAAGACCACUGACUGCUCCGUUAAAAGAUUGUUUUUCUAAUGUUAUUUGGUUCUUGUCUUUUAUAUUUUCAUUAAAGUGCUAUCAUUCUGA